AUGGCUGACAGAUUCAUUCCCGAGCAUCGUCGUACUAACUAUAAGGCGAAGGGCACCUUCAAGCCUGACGAACUGCGCCGACGACGCGAGGAGCAGGCUGUCGAGAUUCGCAAGGCUAAGCGUGAAGAAAACUUAGCCAAGAGACGAGGUAUCGGCACUGGCGACUCGCGCCCUGGUGCUUCUCUGGGCGCCGCUCCUGAUAGUGAUGAUGAAUCUGCUCCUACUGAGAGUCAGCUCAAUGAGGACCUCCCUCAAAUGGUCCAAGGUGUCUUCUCCGACCAGAUCGAUUUACAGAUCCAGGCCACUACUAAGUUCAGAAAGCUUCUCUCCAAGGAGCGAAACCCUCCUAUCGAAGAAGUCAUUAAGACUGGCGUCGUCACUCGAUUUGUCGAGUUCCUUCGAUCACCCCAUACCCUAGUUCAGUUCGAAGCCGCUUGGGCUUUGACCAACAUCGCAUCGGGAAGUGCUACUCAGACCCAGGUUGUCAUCGAGGCUGGUGCCGUUCCCAUCUUUGUCGAGCUGCUAUCAAGCCCCGAACCCGACGUCCGCGAGCAGGCUGUUUGGGCUCUUGGCAACAUCGCCGGUGAUAGCCCGUCAUGCCGAGACUACGUCUUGAGCUGUGGUGCCCUCAAGCCCCUACUCACCCUGCUUGGCGACAGCCGUAAGCUCAGCAUGCUUCGAAACGCUACUUGGACCUUGAGCAACUUCUGCCGAGGCAAGACCCCCCAGCCUGAUUGGAAUACGAUUGCACCAGCGCUUCCGGUUCUUGCCAAAUUGGUCUACUCACUCGACGACGAAGUCUUGAUCGAUGCUUGCUGGGCCAUCUCGUAUCUCUCGGAUGGAUCCAAUGAUAAAAUACAGGCCGUCAUUGAGGCUGGUAUCCCGCGUAGGCUGGUAGAAUUGCUCAUGCAUGCUUCCACCUCCGUACAGACCCCUGCGUUACGAUCUGUCGGCAACAUUGUUACCGGCGACGACGUCCAGACGCAGGUCAUUAUCAACUGCGGCGCUUUGUCCUGUCUCUUGUCGCUCCUUAGCUCUAACAAAGAUGGCAUUCGUAAGGAGGCAUGCUGGACAAUUUCAAACAUCACUGCGGGCAAUUCGCAACAGAUCCAGGCCGUGAUUGAUGCUAACAUCAUCCCACCCUUGAUCCACCUGUUGUCAAACGGUGAUCUCAAGACCCGUAAAGAGGCUUGUUGGGCUAUUAGCAACGCCACAAGCGGUGGUCUACAGAAGCCCGAGCAGAUCCGAUACUUGGUUGCGCAAGGCUGCAUUAAGCCGCUAUGCGACCUUUUAGCGUGCCCCGACAAUAAGAUUAUCCAAGUUGCUUUGGAUGGUUUGGAGAAUAUCCUCAAGGUUGGUGACCUUGAUAAGCAGGCAGCUGGAGAGGGUCCAGACUCUAUCAACCGCUACGCCUUAUUCAUUGAGGAGUGCGGAGGUAUGGAGAAGAUUCACGACUGCCAGACAAAUGCAAACGAAGAAAUCUAUAUGAAGUCGUACAACAUUAUAGAGAAGUAUUUCUCCGACGAAGAUGAAAACGCCGACGAGGCUAUCGCUGCCCAGACUCAAGCCAACGGAACGUUUGGUUUCGGCACAAAUGGCGCACAGGGUGGUGGCUUCAACUUCGCCAACGGCGGAGACACUAUGGAUAUGUAA